AUGAGUACAAAAACACAUACAUCGUUUACUCGACUAAAGUACGACGAUGGUAUUGAUGUCAACAAUCAAACAGUCGAAAUAGAUCCUGUCGAACAUAUUCGUCGAUGUACAUUGUACAAAGAUAUUGAUAUUUGGUCAUAUUACAAAUCAAUCUAUCCCAAUGUUCGUACACUCGGUGAUGUAUUAGAUCAUGGUCAAACUCUUUCGAAAGACGGUCCAUGUAUAGGUCUUGUUCAAUCGGAAAAUAAGGCAGAACCUAUUCGCUGGUUGUCUUAUUCAACGGUAUCAGAAAGAGCACGUUACAUUGGAUCUUAUUUAUGGACAGAAACAAAACUCGUUCCUAUGAAUUCGAAAGUAGCCAUAAUGUCAGUCAAUAGACCAGAAUAUGCCAUUAUGGGAUAUGGUUGUUACAUGUACGGUUUUAUUGUGGUUGGUCUCUUCACAAGUUAUGAUCCAAGAAGAGUAAUGGAUUCACUGCGAAGGACUCAAUCAGAAAUACUGGUUGUCGAUAAUUUGGCACGCAUUCGAUCAUUCGAAAAACAAUUGUUCGAAAAUGACCAAAUCAAAGAGAUUAUUGUUAUGGACGAAGUACAAGAUGGUGAACAUAGCAAAAUCCGAAGUUUUUCAUCCAUUUUAAAGACGAUGAACAAGGCCAAUAUACGUCCAAGACCAACCAUUGAUCCAAAUAGUAUUUCUACAUUUCUUUUGACAAGCGGAACAACCGGUUAUUAUGAUGAUGCGAUAAAAACACGGGAAACAAUAGACGAAGCCGGUUGGUUACAUACGGGUGAUGUUGGUGAAUGGACAGCUAAUGGUACAUUGCGCCUUAUUGAUCGUAGUAAACACAUCUUUAAAUUGAAUCAAGGCGAAUAUAUUGCACCUGAACAUCUAGAAGAUAUCUAUCUUCAUUCUCGAUGGAUUUCUCAAAUAUUUAUCGAUGGUUGUUCAACAGAAGCAACAGUCGUGGCCAUUGUUGUACCAGAUGAAGAGUACGUACGAAAGAAUUUUAUUUUAACAGAGACAAAAACAUUUGAAGAAUUAUGCAAAAGCGGUGAGUUAAAACAAUUAAUGAUGAUCGAUUUGUUGCGAUUGGCUAAAAAAAACAAAUUGAAACAUUUUGAAACAGUCAGCAAUAUUUAUCUUCAUCAUGAGCCAUUUUCUCAACAGAAUGAUCUAAUCACAACAACAUUCAAGACACGACGUGUAGUUGCGCGACAACGCUUCCAAACGAUCAUUAAUUCACUUUACAAUGUCAAUGAAAAACAAAAAUAA